GAAAUUUCUAAACUCUGCCAAUGACAAGACAUAUAUGUUUUUGGCUCUUGUUCUUUACAACAAAAACAAUCCUCCAUAAACAGUAAUAGUAUUCUCAUUGUUUGUGUCUGUCUGUCACUAACUCACUAUAUGUGGACCAUCUUCAGUUUAAGCUCAUUUUGUUCUUUGCUUCUUCUGGUUACCAACUUCAAAAUCAUUUGUUGAGGAGGUUUUCCUUGAAGAUUGGAAUGGGAUGGAGGUGGUUUUAGCAUUCUUAUUGCAGCUGGUGAAGCUCUGCAUCACCAUAGGCUUUGUAGUGGCAACCCAAGGAUCACCAGGGCUUAUUAUAUUCCCAUCUCCAGCAAAUUUACACGGGUAUCCAUUCCCUAUCGAAACACCUGGUUCUUCCCACCAGAGAGAUUCACAUAGAACCAUUGCACCUAGCUCUCCAUCAAUAUCAAAUGGACCCUUCUCUCACCCUCCAAUAGGAUCAUCCCCACCAUAUGAAGUUGUUCCUUCACCAUCAACUGUGCAAGGGAAUGUAACACCACCAAAGAAAGCACCUGCUGUUAGGCCUCCUGUCUCAACAGUAACUGCUCCAGGAUCUGUCCCCUCUCCCUUAUCCACUCCUUCAAGAAUCAUCCAUCCCGUAAAGGGUGGAGCGCCAGUUGCCGCACCUUUGUACAAAACACCAAAGCCACUUCCAGCCAAAAUACAUUCUCCUGUUUUGACGCCUUCGGUCUCAAAUUAUAAACAUCAUCAUAAAAGAAACAUAAUUACCGUUCCUGCCCCUGCACCAUCAUAUAUUGUUUCUCCUCCCAUUUCAAAACCUCGAGAUAGAGCGAUUCCUCCCUCAUUAUCACCAAAAACAGGUGGACAAAGACAUCAUGUUCCACUACCAUGGAAGUCAGUUUCUCCACUUUCUUCUCCCAUUCAUUCAAACAAGAGCCAAUUUGCUCCUGCUCCUUCUCCAUCAAUCAAAUUUGGCUCUCACCCAACCAAAAUAUCUCCGUCUGGUUCUUCUUCCAAGAGUCCUAAGACAUUGCCACCUCCACCUCCUAAUGAAGAUUGUUUAUCAACCGCUUGCACCGAGCCUUAUGUAACUUCUCCUCUUGGAGCACCUUGCAGAUGUGUUUGGCCUUUGCGAGUCGGUCUCCGCCUUAGCAUUUCUCUUUAUACCUUCUUCCCUUUGGUCUCGGAGCUGGCUUCUGAACUUGCCAGUGGGAUUUUUAUGAAGCAAAGUCAAGUUAGAAUUAUGGGAGCCAAUGCAGCAAACCAGCAACCUGAUAAAACUGUUGUCAUUAUUGAUUUGGUGCCACUUGGAGAAAAGUUUGAUAAUACGACAGCCUUUUUUACUUCUGAUAUGUUUUGGCAUAAAAAGGUUGUUAUUAAAGCUUCCUACUUUGGAUAUUAUGAUGUUUUGUAUGUGAACUAUCCAGGUUUACCUCCUUCACCUCCUUUACCACCUUCAAGCAUUACCGUGAUAGAUGGUGGUCCUUAUACCACUUAUGGCAAAAAUGGAAGUACUAUAAAACCCUUUGGUGUUGACAUACAAAAGAAGCAGAAUAGAGGUGACCUUGGCAAAGGUUUUAUUGUCAUUAUUGCUUUUUCAGUUUUUGUAGCAGUUGUUUUAUGUACUGCUGCUGUCUGGUUCAUGUUCAAAUUCAGAGUUCAUGUUAGUCAAAGAGCAUCGAUUCCACGUCCUUCACCUCCUUCUCUUACCAAAGCAUCAGUUACUGCUACUGGUUCAUUAAUUGGAGAUGGAAGGGUUGGUUCCGUUUCUUCUUCAUUUGAACAUGGCAUUCCUGCUUAUAAAGGGUCCGCAAGGACUUUCAGUAUGGAUGACAUUGAGAAAGCUACUGAUAAUUUUCAUGCUUCGAGAAUACUUGGAGAAGGCGGUUUUGGUCUUGUUUACAGUGGUGUCCUUGGAGAUGGGACAAAAGUGGCAGUCAAGGUUCUAAAGAGUAAGGAUCAUCAAGGUGAUCGCGAAUUCUUAGCUGAAGUUGAGAUGCUUAGUCGUCUUCACCAUAGAAAUUUGAUCAAGCUGAUUGGUAUAUGUGCUGAAGAGGACAGCUUUCGCUGCUUGGUUUAUGAACUCAUUCCAAAUGGCAGCUUGGAAUCCCAUUUACAUGGGGUUGAAUGGGAAAAGCGAGCACUUGAUUGGGGUGCUAGGAUGAAGAUAGCUCUUGGUGCAGCUCGAGGCCUAUCUUAUCUGCAUGAAGAUUCAAGUCCAUGUGUUAUACAUAGAGACUUCAAGUCUAGCAACAUAUUGUUGGAAGAUGAUUUUACUCCUAAAAUAUCUGAUUUUGGAUUGGCCCAAACUGCCACAGACGAGGAAAGUAGACACACAUCAAUGCGUGUAGUGGGAACUUUUGGGUAUGUGGCUCCGGAGUAUGCAAUGACCGGUCAUCUUCUUGUUAAGAGUGACGUUUAUAGCUAUGGCGUUGUUCUUCUAGAGCUUUUGACAGGAAGAAAACCUAUAGACAUGUCACAAGCUCCUUGUCAAGAGAAUCUUGUUGCUUGGGCUUGUCCAUUUCUCACAAGUAGAGAAGGAUUAGAAGCGAUAAUAGAUCCAUCUAUAGGACUCGACGUGCCUUUUGAUAGUGUGGCCAAAGUAGCAGCCAUUGCAUCAAUGUGUGUGCAGCAAGAAGUAUCAAACCGUCCAUUCAUGAGUGAAGUUGUUCAAGCUUUAAAACUUGUAUGCAAUGAAACUGAAGAAGCAAAAAAAGACGGUGGUUCAAGAAGUUUUAGCCAAGAGCAUGAGGAUUUAUCUGUUGUUGACAUUGAAAGAGGCUUGUCAGCAUCAGAACUAUUUGGUUCUUCAUCUAGAAUUGAAAGAGUGGAGCAUGAAAAAUCUAGGAGAAAGUCUUAUUCAGGUCCUAUGGGAAAUGGUAGAAGCAAACAGUUGUGGCAGAUAAUGAGAAAGCUUUCUGGUGGUAUUGUCAGUGAACAUGGAACUAUAUGAUCAAGUGAUGAAUAGGUUAUCAUAGAGAAAUUGCAUUUCUUUGUCGAUAUCAUAAUGCCCUUCAUGGUUUUGUUAAUCCACAGUUCUUACUUCUUAGUAUAACUUUAAAAGAGGCCUUCACUUAGUGAGAAGUCUUCUGCUUGAAUCACUCUUGUUUGCUCUCACCUCUUAACCAGAGAUGCAUGGAUGUAUUAAAAAUAAACAAAUUACAAAUGAUUAUUAUCCUUUUUUACUUUGAACAUUAUUGUACAUUUA